AUGGUGGAGUCCGUUCCAAAGGAGCCGGUUUAUAGGCAACCGAAUGUGGCCGAACUGCUGGCAAAUCUCACUGAACAGCAGACGCAUCUGAUGGAAACGUACAAAGGAUUUCUAGAUUCCAUGCGCCUGGAAACCAACCUACAAGAAGCUGAGGGGAAACUCAGCGGACUCAAAAAAGCUGGUGCAGAACUGAUAGCGCUUCAGAAGGAACAUAUAACGAAACUGUUGAUCAUGCUAUACCCUAUAUUCCGAGUUGUGAUGCCCCCAUCGCAAUUUGAGGAGGAUGCAUGUAUUCAGAUGUUAGGCAAUAGAACGCAGCUCGAAUCAUACGAUUUAGUAGAGUUGUCAUGUGUCUUACGGUGUUACUUCGCCAAGCUUGCUAUAUAUGUUCAUCACAUGGCAACAUUUGUGAAAGAUUGGGGUGCAUACGAACAUGCAGUAUCGACAGAUCCUAACUUGCACCAUGGCGCUGACUUCCGAACUAGGGAUAGUCCUGAAUCAACGAAACCUUCCAGGACACCAUUUAACGCAAAACAGCCGUAUUCAGGCAACACCCACAACACGGAAGAAACAAGGGUUUGUAGGCAUGGCAUGUCAGAUGCCGGUGUAUGGGCAACUUCACCACGAGAUCUCUCAAACCUGCCAAUUGUAACUAAUGUGAAGCGAGGCGAAAGCAUAAACUGUCACGAAACUUCGGAAUUCUCAUGCGAAAGACUUUUGUCCGAUUUGCAUUAUAAUGAUGAGAUUACCCAUCACCUUCCCGUCGAAUACCCGGAGGCUCAAAACCAUGCUCCUUUGUAUGAUGUCACCGAUUCACGACGUGUAUAUUACAACCGCAAACCCUAUGGACUGAUGGAUUUUCACGACGGUGGUGAUAUGGAGUACGUAGAGGACCAUUUACACCGCCUUAAUCACACAGAGGCUGCACUGUACACUGACUCUGAUCGUCUUGAAGAUUGCCUAGAAAAGCGUCUUGCUCACGAACUUGGCAUACCUGAUAUUGUGGGCGAAUAUUUGUAUUCUCAACGUGAAUCGUCGGACGUCGAAACUGGAACUUUACCCGAUGUUACCGCCCGGAAGCUACCUUUGAGGGUAUCGCAUUGUAUUCACGAUGGCGUAACAAGGGAUGGGGGGUGUAUUGGAGAUUCGCGUUUAUCUAUAGAUAUGAGUAAACAGGAAAGCGAAGCGAUUCAGCCUGUAACAAUGCGUUCUGCCCUUGGUCCUCCGGAUCAGGUAUCACAACAUGAUGAAUUGGAAUGGGAAAAUAAACACCUGCAAGCUAAUGCAAUGAAAAAUGGCGCACCUAGAUUUGGGAACGAAGACUAUCGCACCCCUGGAUCACCGUCUAAAAAUCCUCUUCUAAUAUCGCAGCACGGCAAGUCGCCGUUGCCCCCAUCCGGCGACGUGUAUACAGGUACCCCGUUGCACAUGAGGCAAGAGGGCUCAAAUUCGCGUGAUAUGGAUGGGAUUGUAUCGUUUGACAAUGUUGUUUCCAGGGAUUGUGACGUGCUCUGUUGUGGCGUCGGGUGUCAAGGCAAAGAGAUAAAACAUGGGCAAACUGAUGUGCCGAUUUUAGCAUCAGAAGCGUAUCACCCGAGUUUCUAUGCUCAAAGAGCUCCACUCGGUCAGCACGUUCACGUCAAAGGUAGUAGUUGGAACAAUAAGGAUGUAACGUACCUGUUCUAUCAGACUCCCAUGCCUGUUUUUGACCGUGAAAGUGUGACAGAAUCUAACGGCUCAUUCCAACCAGCUCCCACGAAUAAUUCGUUGAGUUCCAUGGGUGACAAAACACAACAGACGAACAUCAAAAGUACUGUUGCCGAUAGUGCGCAAUAUAAAAAAGGGGGCUACUUGGCUUCGAACGUAUUUGGCAAGUUGGAUUCUGGUAAAAACGGACGACGCAUCAACAAAUCAGUUACCGCUUCAUCUCAAGUCGCGAAUAUCGAUGAUGCUUCUAAACAGUCUGACGGCGUCUGGGACAGUAAUACGGAACAGUGUUUGGGGUAUGAUGUGCCUAGGUACAUGCCAUUUGUGCAAAAUAAUGAACAAGUGAGCUACGUUACUCGAUUUGGUCUAUUUGAUCGCAAUGAAUCGGAUAUUGUCAUCCAUGAUUCAAAGGCGCACAUCCGAAGAGUUCACGCGCCCUCGAACGACAUGUUUAUGGAUGGAGUAGAACACUCUCAUAGAUCCUAUAGCGACGACAGAGGUGUAAAAAGUUCUUUAGCGUCAAAUUUUGGUCACGCCACCCAGUCUACAAAGCAAUUGGGAUUGCGCCAUUUACAGUUGAAUGUUCGCCUUAGUCAACAAGACAAAUUGGCCAGUGAAACCUUUGAAACGAGUGAUCUGGAGGGUAGUAGUUGUAGGGAUUCUUUUGACAUCCUGCAGAAUCAGUAUGGAGCUACGCCAUCCUCUGCACGAGAUAGUUGUGUCAUAUCUCAUGAUGUUGAAGCAAAAAGCGAAAGAUGCGGCGUAGGAGAGGACCAGCAAGCGACGUGCGCUAGAUUUGCCGUCACUAAACCACGAGAAAUUCAGUGCGUUGCGAUUCCAUUUCCAAGGCAGUCAGAGCGCAAAGUGAAGCAUGAUCUGCCUAUUGCCGAUGUAGAGGAUCCCGCCUGUGAUGCUAAAGAUGAGACUGCCAAUCAACCGAUGCAUGCACCGAAAAUGAUAGAGCACUCGGUGCAACCUCUACUUUCGCCGACGCGUGAUAUGCACGAAGACAACCUGUCUAGCACUCGUAUACAUAUUCCGCCGCUGGACAUGAGCAAGCUACGCGCUAUGAUUGGUCACUGA